GCUCCUCGGGCGCUGCUGGCGGCGGCGCGGCAGCGUCUCCAGCUAUCCGGCCGCGGCCGCUGCUGCUCGAGCUGCACAGCCGGGGAGAUGCUGCUCCGCGCCGCGCCGCGCUGAGGCCGUGCGUGCGCCCGUCCGCCGGCGGGGCUGCGUGCUCCGCGCGAACAUAGUCCCUCCAUGUGAGCUGGCAGGCGAUUGGAAACCCCUCUGAGUCACGCUGCCCAGCGGCCGGGGGAGCACUCGCCCGCCUGCAGUGGCAGCAUCAGCACCGCCGUCUCUGGCGCGCUCCCUUCUUCUGCAGCCUCCGCUCUUCUGAUUUUCCACCUAGUCCCCUGGUGAUUUUUUUUUUUUUCCCCUGAGAGGGAGAGGGCGGGGUAGGCGUCCCCUCCUCUGCUCCCCCCUCCCUUUUCUUCUGGGUUUGAAUUCUUCCCCCUGGCAUUUCACUGGUUCGCAGAGCAAGAGGCAAGAACCGCGCGGAGGGAAGAGGAAGGCUGCGACCGCCCUGCUGUUCCGAGCCCGGCCGGACUGGAACGCGGAGGGGGUGAGGGGAGAAGAGGAAGCCGGAGGGGCUCGGCUUUCUGUGGUGCCUGAGGACAGCCCAUCUCUCUCCAAGCACCCCACGGGGAGACGGACGGCGUCUCUCCGCAGCGAGCUUUUGGAGUACCGCGAGCCCGGGGGCUAAGGAUGGUGGAGGCUCCGCGCUCCGUUUGCGGGGCAGCGCUUUCGCUUUGGCUGGUCGGCAGCAUCCUCUGCAGAGCCUGGACGGCUCCCGCCACGUCCCAAAAAUGUGAUGAGCCACUUGUGUCAGGACUUCCCCAUGUAGCUUUCAGCAGCUCAUCCUCGAUGUCUGGGAGCUAUUCUCCUGGCUAUGCCAAGAUCAACAAGAGAGGGGGUGCUGGGGGAUGGUCUCCAUCAGACAGUGACCAUUAUCAGUGGCUUCAGGUUGACUUUGGCAAUCGGAAGCAGAUCAGUGCCAUAGCAACCCAAGGAAGAUACAGCAGCUCCGACUGGGUGACACAAUACCGCAUGCUCUACAGUGACACUGGGAGAAACUGGAAACCUUAUCACCAAGACGGGAAUAUCUGGGCAUUUCCUGGGAACAUUAACUCGGAUAGCGUGGUCCGGCAUGAUUUACAGCAUCCGGUGAUUGCCCGCCACGUGCGUAUUGUGCCUCUGGAUUGGAACGGAGAAGGUCGCAUUGGGCUCAGAGUGGAGGUCUAUGGCUGCUCUUACUGGGCUGACGUUAUCAACUUUGAUGGCCAUGUUGUGUUACCAUAUAGAUUCAGAAACAAGAAGAUGAAAACACUGAAAGAUGUCAUUUCUUUGAAAUUUAAAACCUCCGAAAGUGAAGGGGUAAUCUUGCAUGGGGAAGGACAGCAAGGGGAUUAUAUUACAUUGGAACUGAAAAAAGCCAAGCUGGUCUUCAGUUUAAACCUAGGAAGCAACCAGCUUGGCCCUAUAUAUGGCCACACAUCUGUGACAACAGGAAGUCUGCUGGAUGAUCACCACUGGCACUCUGUGGUCAUUGAGCGCCAGGGCCGGAGCAUCAACCUCACCCUGGACAGAAGCAUGCAGCACUUCCGCACCAAUGGGGAGUUCGACUACCUGGAUUUGGACUAUGAAAUAACCUUUGGAGGUAUACCUUUUUCUGGUAAGCCAAGUUCCAGCAGUAGAAAAAAUUUCAAAGGCUGCAUGGAAAGCAUUAACUACAAUGGCAUCAACAUAACUGAUCUUGCAAGAAGGAAGAAACUAGAGCCCUCAAAUGUGGGAAAUUUGAGUUUCUCGUGUGUGGAGCCCUACACAGUACCCGUCUUUUUCAAUGCCACCAGCUACCUGGAGGUGCCCGGACGGCUUAACCAGGACCUGUUUUCAGUCAGUUUCCAGUUCAGGACUUGGAACCCCAAUGGUCUCCUGCUUUUUAGUCAUUUUGCGGAUAAUUUGGGCAACGUGGAGAUUGACCUCACUGAAAGCAAAGUUGGUGUCCACAUCAACAUCACGCAGACCAAGAUGAGCCAAAUAGAUAUUUCGUCAGGUUCUGGGUUGAAUGAUGGUCAGUGGCAUGAGGUCCGUUUCCUAGCUAAGGAAAAUUUUGCUAUUCUCACUAUCGAUGGAGAUGAGGCAUCAGCAGUCCGAACUAACAGUCCUCUUCAAGUUAAAACUGGCGAGAAGUACUUUUUUGGAGGUUAUCUGAACCAGAUGAGUAACUCAAGUCACUCUGUCCUUCAGCCUUCAUUCCAAGGAUGCAUGCAGCUCAUUCAAGUGGAUGAUCAGCUUGUAAAUUUAUAUGAAGUGGCACAAAGGAGGCCAGGAAGUUUUGCAAAUGUCAGCAUUGACAUGUGUGCCAUCAUAGACAGAUGUGUGCCCAAUCACUGUGAGCAUGGUGGGAAGUGCUCGCAAACGUGGGACAGCUUCAAAUGCACUUGCGAUGAGACAGGAUACAGUGGGGCCACCUGCCACAACUCCAUCUAUGAACCGUCCUGUGAAGCAUACAAACACCUGGGCCAGACAUCAAAUUACUACUGGAUAGAUCCUGAUGGCAGUGGACCUCUGGGGCCUCUGAAAGUUUACUGCAACAUGACAGAGGACAAAGUAUGGACCAUCGUGUCUCACGAUCUGCAGAUGCAGACAACCGUGGUCGGCUACAACCCAGAAAAAUACUCCGUGACACAGCUCAUUUACAGCGCCUCCAUGGACCAGAUCAGCGCCAUCACCGACAGUGCUGAGUUCUGUGAGCAGUACGUCUCCUACUUCUGCAAGAUGUCGAGGUUGUUGAACACCCCAGAUGGAAGCCCUUAUACCUGGUGGGUUGGCAAAGCCAACGAGAAGCACUACUACUGGGGAGGCUCUGGGCCUGGAAUUCAGAAAUGUGCCUGCGGCAUCGAGCGCAACUGCACAGACCCCAGAUACUACUGCAACUGUGACGCAGAUUACAAGCAAUGGAGGAAAGACGCUGGCUUCUUAUCCUACAAAGAUCACCUGCCAGUAAGCCAGGUGGUAGUUGGAGAUACUGACCGGCAAGGCUCAGAAGCCAAACUGAGUGUGGGUCCCCUGCGCUGCCAAGGAGACAGGAAUUACUGGAAUGCCGCCUCUUUCCCAAAUCCAUCAUCCUACCUGCACUUCUCUACUUUCCAAGGGGAGACCAGUGCCGACAUCUCUUUCUACUUCAAAACGUUAAUCCCCCGGGGAGUGUUUCUUGAAAAUCUGGGGAACACAGAUUUCAUCAAACUUGAACUGAAAUCUGCCACAGAAGUGUCCUUUUCAUUCGAUGUGGGAAACGGGCCCGUGGAGAUUGUGGUGAGGUCGCCCUCCCCUCUCAAUGAUGACCAGUGGCACCGGGUCACCGCGGAGAGGAAUGUCAAGCAGGCCAGCCUGCAGGUGGACCGACUGCCACAGCAAGUCCGCAAGGCCCCAACGGAAGGCCACACCCGCCUGGAACUCUACAGCCAGCUGUUUGUGGGUGGUGCUGGAGGACAGCAGGGCUUCCUGGGCUGCAUCCGCUCCCUGAGGAUGAAUGGAGUGACACUGGACUGGAGAAAGAGCAAGGUCACAUCCGGUUCAGUCUGGGUGCUCCGCCACUGCACCAGCUAUGCCAACUGUGAGAAUGGAGGCAAAUGCAUAGAGAAAUACCAUGGGUACUCCUGCGAUUGCUACACAGCCUAUGAUGGACCGUUUUGCAACAAAGAUGUGGGUGCGUUUUUUGAAGAGGGGAUGUGGCUGCGGUAUAACUUCCAGGCACCCGGGGUCAAUGCCAAGGAAUCAGGCGGCAGAUGGGAGAACUCACCGGAACCGCCGAGCACAGCCCCAGACCUGGCCCGCGAGGAGAUCCACUUUAGCUUCAGCACCACCAAGGCGCCCUGCAUCCUUCUCUACGUCAGCUCCCUCACCACGGACUUCCUGGCCGUUCUCGUCAAACCCACCGGAAGCUUACAGAUUCGGUACAACCUGGGUGGCACCAGGGAACCAUAUAACAUUGAUGUCGAGCACAGGAACAUGGCCAACGGGCAGCCCCACAGUGUCAACAUCACGCGGCAUGAGAAGACCAUCAUUCUCAAGCUGGAUCAUUAUCCUUCUGUGAGUUACCAUCUGCCAAGCUCAUCUGACACCCUGUUCAACUCUCCCAAGUCGCUCUUUCUGGGCAAAGUUAUAGAAACAGGGAAGAUUGACCAAGAGAUUCACAAGUACAACACCCCUGGAUUCACUGGGUGCCUCUCCAGAGUCCAGUUCAACCAGAUUGCCCCUCUCAAGGCGGCCUUGAGGCAGACAAACGCCUCUGCCCACGUGCACGUCCAGGGGGAGCUGGUGGAGUCCAACUGCGGGGCCUCCCCGCUCACCCUCUCACCCAUGUCGUCCGCCACCGACCCCUGGCACCUAGACCACCUGGAUUCAGCCAGUGCUGAUUUUCCAUAUAAUCCAGGACAAGGCCAGGCUAUAAGAAAUGGAGUCAACAGGAACUCGGCCAUCAUUGGAGGGGUCAUUGCCGUGGUGAUUUUCACCAUCCUCUGCACCUUGGUCUUCCUCAUUCGGUACAUGUUCCGUCACAAAGGCACCUACCACACCAACGAGGCAAAGGGAGCAGAGUCAGCAGAGAGUGCCGAUGCUGCCAUCAUGAACAACGACCCCAACUUCACAGAGACCAUUGAUGAGAGCAAAAAGGAAUGGCUCAUUUGAGGGGUGGCUCUUUGGCUAUGGGACAGGGAGGGGGGAAUUCCUAGGGAGGAGGGCAGGGGACAGAAGCACCCUACUUCAUACUCCUGAGCACAUCCUUAAAAUAUCAGCACAAGGUGGGGGAGGCAAGCAACAGAAAAUUCCUGAGACUGAUUGCCACAAAAAUACUUUUUGAUAUUUCUUUAUAGCUGAGUUUCCCCUUCCGUAUCAAAACAAAAUAAUACAAAAAAUGCUUUUAGAGUUUAAGCAAUGGUUGAAAUUUGUAGGUAAUACCUGUCUAUUUUGUGUGUGUUUAGAGGUGUUCUGAAAACCCAGGUAACAGGGCAAGUUUUCUACAUUUUUCAGAGCCCUUAGAAUGUGGAUAGUUUUUCUUGAGAAAAGCUGAUGCACCUACCCAUGGCCUCCAGCCUUUUCUUCCUUUGACAUAGAGUCAGCUGCUAAUGGGCUAUUGUAGUAACUAGUUCGUGUUCAUAUAAUAUUUCUUUUGGUGUUCUGUGAGUGGGAAGAGGAAAGAAAGGGACAGAGAGAACCUAUGAUUUGCCAGUCUAUGCUAGUUCUUUGAGAGUCCCACCCAAAAAAAAGCAGCUGUAGGAAGAGAGGGUAUGACCCCUCUCAUGUAAUAACAUGAUCGACAAACUGGGAGAAGCUUUAAGAACCAGGGGAAGCAGUCUCCUAUUGGGAUUGUUGGCUUUAUUUUUCAUCAGAUCCUGCGAGAUAAUAUGGUUCCCUGUAUGUAGUCUUAGACCUUUCCAAUGUUUGUAACUCUUAGCUACGAUACCUAUGACCAGCUGUUACAAACGAUUUUCUCUCUGCUUUUCCUACAACGUAUUGGGCUAGACUGUAUGUGUGUGUACGCACCUUGGUAGGGAAGAUGUUAAUAUUUGUUUGCUCUGUUUCUUCUAUGGUUGGUAGCAAGAGUAUGGGCACCAUCUCGAAUGCAUAAAUUAGGUGGCUCUUCUUAUUUUUCUUUAAAUCUCCAGUCAUCAAGCCCCUGUGACAAAAUCCUAGCAGACAGUGUCCUCUGAAUGGACGUACCAAAAUAAAGCCAAGUUGUGAUUGAGUAUUAUUGCUUUUACUCUGCAGUCCUGUGAAAAUCCUGCCAUAUUUUAACUCAUCUAUGCCAUGUAUUGUUCCAUCCUAAAUAGUCACACUGCUGUGAUUCAGGGAUCUUCUUUGGCAGAUAAAGUUAACAUUCAGGUGCAUUGCAACCUGGUGACUGCUGCUUCUCAGAGAAUGGACAUGUCUAAUCAACCAUACCUCAGUUUAAUCAGAAACCUUGACCUACUUCAGCAAAUAACUGUUUAAAAUAAUAGACUAUCUGUGUCCACAAACAGGGCAAAACUCCUGUUGGAGCAUCCAAAAAAUAAUUUCACUUAUUUAUUUUAAAAAGAUUACACAAAAGUUAUUUCUAGAAUGACUACCAUUUACGAUCAUUAUUGUUCAGGCUCUUAUGCUUAAUAAGUAUGUUAAAAGAAUUUUAAGACUCCAACAUUUCGAGGAUUAAAAAUCACUUUGUUUCUCCUCCUGGAAGGAGGUGAGAUGAGGUUAGAAGGGUACUGAUGCUGUUUUUCUGAUGGCAUCCUCAAGAAAAUGGAAAUCCUAGUUCACUUGGGUUAUAUAUUCGAGAUUCUCAGGAUGCCUGACUUAUUGAAGGAUCUGUUUCUUGAGUGAUGGAAAAUCUUAUCCAGAGCUACACACAGCACCAGUGCCUGACACAUUCCAAAGGAGACAGUGGACCAGUUAAUUCACAUCCAAGUCAAGGUCACAGAACAAAAGGGAACCUAGUGCCCUUUUACAAUUGCUUACUUAAGGCACUAUCAUUAACAUCCUUUAUUUAAAAAGGUCUUGAUCAUUUUCCAUAAAAUGCACUUGAAAAGCAUUUAGUACAACAAUGAGACAUUUACAAAAUACCUUUCGAAAACAAAGGUUAUUAUUUAAUAACCUUAUUUGACCAAGAUGACUACCAUAGAAUUCUUUUAUAUAUUGUCAGAUCAAAUAAGCACAUUUUAAACAUUAUGUUUAAAAAUAUUUCUGAUUUCUUGAAACCUUUUUUAUAGCUAUUGCUUUUGCAUUUAACAAAUAAUACCAGGUGGAAAUUUGUCAUUUGUUGCAUUUCCCAUGCUAGCUUUGUCCUCUAUACAUUGAUACUUUCCUUUUCUUUUCAAAAUUAUUAAGAAAUUAAACACAAAUAGGCUAGUAGUAGUCUCUUUAAAUAAAAGAGUCAGAACAAAAACAAAAACAUUUCUUUAAAUAAGAGAUGGUUUUAAAGUUUCAGGAAAAACUGAUGGUUGAUUUCAGGUUGUUUAUGCAAAAAAUGCCCUCUGUGGAUAAAGCAUGCAUCUCUGUUUUGAGUUGCUAGGAUGGGGGACUUUGAAUUCAGAAUCAAUGCUAUUCUAAGCUCUCAAGCAUAUUCACUUGAGCUCAAUGAAGCCAGCUCAGAAGGUAUGAAGUUAUAUUCUUGUUAAGUUCUUCUCUGGCCCAUCUUAGUAUAUAAGACAGCAUUUCCUCCUUGUGGCCUCCAACCAGCUACUCAAGAAAAAAGAGAGGGUGGGUCGGGAAAAAGAGAGACUUGUGUGGUAUAAGUUUUUAUUGAAGAGCUUGGGACAAGAGGCUGAAAGCCUUUGUUGGAAAAUUUCCUAUUGCCCUGCAUUUGACAAAUAAGCAUCCUUUACUAACAGGAGCAGGAUUUCGGUGGCCCAGGAAAAAGGGCUGGCAUGAGCCCAAGUAGAUCUUAAUGUUGUUGAACAUCUAUGGACCAGCCACAGAUGCUGUUGAGAGCUGUGCACAAAGACAACCCAUAGCAAAUUCCAAAGGAAAAGCAAACAUCUACUGGUAAUAAAAAUGUAGUGUCAGUGUAGCAUCCAGAAGAAACGUUUAUGUCCUUCUAUAGCAGGACCUGUUCUUUUCUAUUCUUCAGUGUAUCCUUUUUCUCCCUCUCCUUUCUCUUACAUACGCAUUGUAAUAAUCCCUUGACAUCUCACACUUCUGAGAGAUUUGAACCUCUUGAUAUUUUUUUUUCCUUUUCACUGUCCUGUCAAGCAGUUUUCAAAAAGAAAACCAAUAAUUAUUAAAUUGAAUUCCAGUGAGCCAGUCUAAAAUAGUUCUAAAUUGCUAGUCCCAAUAGAACCACCUCAUCCUGAAAUAGAUGAGAAACAAAUAGCAUGUCUAACUAACCUGGGCAAAAAACCAAUGGGCACCAUUUUUAAAAUGAUGAUUCGGUGAGAGAGGAUCCCGAGAGUCAGCUGAUAGAGCCCUGAUCCUCUCUCUCUCCCUGACAUGCUCUAUGGUCUUGGCCAGGUAGCUGAACCUCUGUUCCUCUUUGCCUCAUAUGUAAGAUAGAGCUGUUUUAUCUACUGCUUAAGUCAUUUGUGAGGUGCCAUGGAUUCUUAGCUGCAGAUAACUUUGAAACCCAAAUAAAAAGGCCAAAGUCAAUGGAUAUAUUGGAAGACUUACUUUCCAACUUGUGGUUGAAAGUCAUAUCAAAAGGAGCCACCUGGCCAUGUCCAGGAAUGUAGACUUACAAGGCAACUAUAAGCUUACUAGAUUACAAGUACAACUACUAGAUUAUGAGUCAGAGAGACUGACAAGGAGGUAAUCUGCCAACAUUGGGAGACGCAACACAGCCAAAGGCAGAAAAGUCAGAACUCCAUGUGUACAAAGCCCUAAGGUCCCACUUGGGUGUGACUUAUAGUUUAUAUAUGCCCCAGUGUGAUUAUAAAUAAGACAACAUGAAGAGCAAAUGUGACUGUUUUUCUAGCCCAGUGGCUGUAUCUACACUCCACACACCCCACAGGAUGAUGAUGGAAACUUUAAAUUUAUUUCAUAGAGGUAUUUUUUUGGAUACAAGUGGUAUAUGAACCUCAAUGUCAAUAAAACAGGGAAACCGUGUUGAAAAGUUGGUUACUUUCUGUGGAGCAGAGACUGGCAGAAGGUGGCAAAGAUACAUGGACACCUGGGUAUGAAUACCCAGCAGGCAUUUACAAGUUUAUUUUCUAGGCAAAAUGUGCUUUAGGAGCAGGUCUGCUUGGAUGGUCUGCACCACUUCCGAGUCUCAGUUUAUUUACAGGAACUGCGGAAUUCUGAGAUAGUGGAAGCACGGCUCCUAUCUUGUGGGCUGAGAAAAGGUUCUCAGUGUUACUGAUCCUAAGUUUUGCUUUGUCAGGUUUUUUAAAAUUUUUUCAGUGAGCAUGGGGUGAACGGUGGAGGUUAGAGUUGUGAAAAGCUGGGCUAAUAUUCUUUCUGUAAAGUCAACCAGGAUUCCAUCCCGUGAACUAACACGAAAUUUCACUCUCUAAAAGCAACAGCAUGUAAACUAGAAUGAAAGAAGGAAAUUAUGUAUGUAUGCCUACUAUUCUUUGUGAAUGUCUUUCAUUUAACUAAAACUAUAUUAGAAACCAGAUGGAUAAAUAAAAAAUCCAAAAUAGUUUUAAUUAUCUGAAAA